UUAAUUCGCCCGUGCUGUCAUCUAGCGUCCCAUUUGGUUACUAUUUAUUGAGUAUCAAGCAUCAUCAUGGGAACGGGACUUCUAUGGCUUGUGUAUGAUAAUUGAUAUGUGUAGGUUCAGUGUUUAUUUGCAAUGGUAGGUGAUGGUAGGUUUGAAUUAUAUACCGAGAAAUAUCUUAUGAUUUAUGAGUGAAAGAGUAUUUUGCGAAUGUAUUACACGGCAUUACGUUAUCAUAAGUGAAGAUGUUGAUAUACGAUGUGUUACACAGAGAAAAAGUCCACCAAAUUAUCACCAGUGAUUUAAAAAAUUUUGGGGUUAAGUUUCGUUUGAAAAAGAAUGUUAUUAAAACGGAAAAAGCAGGGAGAAAUCCCAGCGUUUUGAAGAAGGUUUUCAAGACGCAAUUAUCGUACUUACCCUUAGAUGUUGUGAGUCUAUCAUCGGGAGCUAUAAUACACAUUCCUAUCUUUGUCAGUCAAGCAACUUCGUAUCUAGAAAAACAUCUUAACCAGGAAGGCUUAUUCAGAAAAGCAGGCUCUCAGGUUCGGCAAAAAGAACUAAUUAAUCGUCUUGAUAAUGGAGGAACCUUAGGAGAGAAACAUCAUGCAAUCGAUGUUGCUAGUGCUUUAAAGACUUUUUUUCGAGAUUUACCCGAGCCUUUGAUUCCUUAUCACUACCAUGACUUAUUUGUUCGCUGUGCUACAUUAAAAGCCCGAUGUGUUGAGGCCUUGCUGCUGGCUUGCUUACUUCUACCACCACACCAUCUAAAUACUUUAGCAUUUUUCAUGGAAUUUUUAAAGAAAGUAUCUAUGCAUGAAAAGCUAAACAAAAUGAACAUUGAUAAUCUAGCAAAAGUUAUUGGACCAAAUGUAAUGCCUUUACAAGAAACCACUAUGACUGCAGUUCAAGCAAGAUUGGAAGCUCACCUGUUUGUUACUAAGAUUUUAAUUGCCAAUGCUGAAGAAAUUGGAGUUUUACCUGAGCACAUAGCAGAGGCUCUUUCUGUGGAAAUAACUGGAAGCAUAGAAAAUGAUUUGGACAGUUCAGAUCCCUUUUUACGUUCCAAGAUCAAAAAGAAGAAACAUCGAAGCGGUAGUCUUACACGAAUGCUUAAUGGGUUAAAGAAAAUUGUGGGUAAAAACAGCUCGCCAACAAAUUCUGGGCCCACCUGCACUGGGAUACCUUCUGCUGAUCUUUGCUCUGUUGAUGGAAGUUCCACAAAAAUUGGUAAAAAACGUAAAGUUAUGGAGACAGACAAUCAAUUGACCACAAAGAAAAAGCGUGACUUGAUAGAUGCGGUACCUGAUAACACUUCCAUCCAUCUUCAACAAUUAGGUUCUCCAGUUUCUACCCGAGCAAGUGUGGUAAAGGAAAAAAGUCCAGUUCAAAAAUCCAGGAUGAGAAAAUAUUUAACACACAAAGUUCACUCAGAUGUGAGGAUCAAUGACAAAUUAGAUAAGUCCAAAAAAAUUCGACUGAGUUUGGAUCGAUUUGUUACUAAAAACAAACAGAAGAUUGAUGAAGCAGAUAUUGAUGUUUGUAAACAAACUUUUACACCAUGCAUGGAGCGACGCUGGAGCUUAGCUAAUACUUCUUCCGGGUCCAAAAAGAAAAGGAGGACGCAAAGUGUUGGACAUUUGCAUAUUCCGUCAUUGAAACGCGACUUAACACCCGUUCAAAAAAAUUAUGACCAAUUAUUUAUGGAAGCUGAUGUCAACUUAUCAGAUGACAGCAACGAGCAGGUCUCGCAAGAAAAAGUGGAAUUACAGACCAAUCGAGCCAAGCGCUUACGAAUAAGCACAAGCAGAAAAUCUUUAGACACUGUCUUCAUAGAAACACCCGGACCAGAAUACAGUACUCAAUCGUUGUCUGAGCAGAAGCAAUCUAAAAUAUUCUUUGAUGAUUGCAUGGAUAAUCAAUUGAAAAAUGUUUCUGAAACUUGUAACGAUGAAAAUGAAGAUUAUGUGAAAGUGUCUCGUAGUGAGUAUGAAGAAAUUAAAAACAGAGUUUCUGCCAUAGAAUCGUGCAUUUCACAGGAGUUUGCAAGUAUUUCCAAUGAUACUAAUAACUCCGUCAGCAAAGUUCAAAGUCAGUACGAAAAAACUCUAGAAGAAGCUGGCAUCGAUAGUAUUACUACUGCAGAUCAUCUAGCAAGAAGAUUAGGUAAAGAGUUAAAAAUUAGAAGAUCGGGUGAGAAAAAAAUUAUAAGAUCCCCAAGUGCUCGUAAAAUAGGUAAUUUACGACGACGAUCUCAAGAAAAACCUGGCAGCAAACGUAUCAGUCGCACUGCUUCUUGGCAUAGUUCUCACCAAUCAGAUUUACAGCAUAUUGUACAAGAUAAUUUAAUAUUGAACAACUUUUAUACAAAAUGUAAUUUAGACCGGGAGCAAAUUAUUGAUCAAACAGGAUCAAUGCAAAUGAACUCACUCUUGAAAAAAGAGCCUCAAACUUUCUGCAGCGAUGAAACCAAUUCUAGAUUGGAUUACUUACAACAACAAUUACAUACACUCAUAACCCAUACUGCUGAACAUACAAGAUAUUCACUAAGUAACAAUGAAAUAAGUACAAUGAACGAUGAAGUGUUUGAAGUGGAUGAGAAAGAAUUGCAUUGCAGUACUAAACGGAGAGCAUCGUCUUUCCAUGGUAAUGAAAUUAUAGACAAUUCGCAGUAUUUUAAUCAAAAAGUUAAAGAGUUAAAGAAAACCAAUAGUCAACAAAACAUGUUAGUAUAUAAAGAUCUCACAUCCGAGGUAAAUAAAUCACCAAAAACUGAUAAUGAAAUUAUUACUUGGAGACAAGCAGAUAAAUACUUUGUAACCAAUAGACAAAAUUGUACGCCCUUACCUCAAACAGGUCGGGCCUCGGUAGCUAAACUACGUACGCAAAAUGCUGGAAUGGUAUUAGCUAAGGCAAAAUUAUUUGAUGAUAACUCAACAAAACGCUCCAACACCUCGCACGAAUUUACAGUGAAAAAUGUCGAUCAGAAAGAUGCAAAUGUCCGACAUACAGCCAAAGCGGGUAGAAUUAAAGAAGUCAAGAGUGUGGAUUUAGACACGUCAUUGUCCAAUAUACGGAAAGGAAUCGGUCCACGUAGAAAGCACAGUAGAACUCCAAAAUCUAACAGUGUCAAAUUGAAACUUGCACAGUCUCCCGAGACAUCGCCACUUAUUAAAAUGGAAUUGACCAUUUUACCAUCUCGUAAUCAACAAACGACGGAGAAAUAUUUGUGUAAACGUAACUCUCAGAAACUUGAUCAGACUCCAGAGUUAAGUAAAAGUAAACAAAGGAUAACUGAAAAAGAGAAUAGAACCAUGACUCCUCCUGGAAUUAUUAAGAAGAUGUCAGUCAACACGUUAUUACAGGAAUCCGGUGUUCAUAUAUUUGACACCCCUGAUAAUGCUCUCUGCAGAACUCCACAUAUUAAGAGACCAUUAAGUGUAAAAACUCCAAAAAGUUCUAAAUCUUUAGUACGAAGACCACCCAUUGAUACUAGACGAACACCUUUAAAAGCAACAGCACCACUGAGUGUAAAUAAACGCCCCAGUCCUAAAAGCGUCCUUAAAUCAAGGCAUUUAUCUAGACAAUUAGUAUAAAUCAAACUAAAUAAAUUAAAUAUAACUAUAAAUAUGAAACUAUGCACAACGCCGCGUCCAAUGAUAAAACGAAUUUGACAUUUAAUGCUGAUUCCUUAUUAAUUAAUAAUUUUAUAUGUGACAUUUACACAACACAAAUAUCGUUUACUAUUCUUAAUAUGUACUGCGACUUAUAACAACCUGUUAAAGGAAUAUUGGACAUACAAUUAAAUGAUUUGUCUGUUUAUAAUUUGUUCAGUAUUUUUGUUCUAUUGUACCGUGUUAAGAAAAUUAUCUGUAUGACUUUUAAGAGUUAUUGUAUUUUUACCGUAUGUACGCAAUAAAUUAAUAUAACAUAAUAACUUAAUGUGUGAUAAUGAAUUAAGAUUUAAUAAUUCUAAUCCUAAAACACUAUAGAAAUAUUUAUACGGAUUUUUGUACUUUGUCAUCAAUAUUAAUAAACCCAGAUUAUUUCAUUAA